AUGCCGCACUCAACAGGAUCUCUCGCCAAUACAAUACCACCCUGUCCUAUGGGCAACUUCAAGCAAUACCACAAGCCCAAGGGCAAGAGAGGCCCUUGGCUCGAUCUCGCCAUCAUCAAUUUGAAGAUGAAGCUACGCGGCAUUCAGAGACUGAUCGCGCGCGAGCAGGGCUGCGGUAAAGAGGUCGUCGCAGCUGCAGUCGCCAUGACCAUGUUCAACAAACGCCAGGACUCCAUGUCUGAUGAGGUAUCGACCGACUUUGACAUGGAUUCCGACAUGGAAUCUAGGUCUAAUGGCCAUUCUUCUGAUGCCGACGAAGAUCAGGCGGAGGGCAGGAUCUCUGACCCAGAGAGUGAUGACGGUACGCAAUUGCUGAACGCUGCUUCUAAGCAUCGAAGUGCUUACAACCUCACCAGAAAUCGUCGUUGCAGGCCCGUCUACCAUGCCAGGUUUUUCCAACCAUUCCAACUUCAGCUCCACGAAGAAGGUUCUUGGCAAAUCCAGUACGCGCUUGGUCCCCAUAUUCACGUCCCAUCCUGCCUGCUAAUGUAUCCUCUUCCCUCCAGAAUUCCCGACGCCGCCCAACUCGGCCUCUUCUCCAAGCCUGCCCCAGCCAGGCCCAGUGCACGCAGUCCGGCAGAACAUCUUUUCUUCCCGCUGUGGUCUCUCCGCAAUAACAAGGGUCUUCCUGCGUUCGGUCCGGUGCUCUCGGAGGAUUCGCCGAACUACGCUGAGCUGGUCGAGACGGUGAAUGAACUCCGUCAAGGUAUCGAGACGUGGGAGGCUACGCAAGCCGCCGGCGUUGGCAAGUCAAGCCACAAACUCUCAUGA